UAUCGCUGGAAUGAGGAUAAUGUUGAUGUUGAGAUAUUAGGCCGGUAGGGGGAUGAACCUAGGCUACUCACGUCUGGAACUGAUGUCGCAAGAAAUGGACCAAAAAAGAACGGAUCUGCAUGUGAUUACUUUUCCAAGGGACUUAUAUGCGACACUGCAUCGACAUUUGACAUGUUUUUGACAUAUUCGAUUUGGAAAUCACUUAAAUGUUUCAGUAUACUCUAAACCAUGCUGCAACUUUGUAGCGGCGCUCUGUCCCCGCUCGACAACAGGUGGAUUCUGACCAGGCCAAUCCAGACCUGGAAGUAACCCGUCUUAUCGUCGCUUUCUCCGCCCCGUUACCAUAGCAAGCCCAGCGAGGGUGAGACUGGGAAACAAGCUGCCAAGGUGUGGAUGGAUUUCCGAAAAAGCCGUGGAACAUUGCCGAUCAACUUUACUGGGCAAAUGUGUGUCUGGUUUGACAAAGUGAAACACUGAAGAACAGCCUAUUGCUGACUUUGUCGUGUUGUGGGUUCAUCUCUUGACGGAGUAUCGAUCCUCGCUUCGACAACUUUAAAGUUUCGAACGGAAACAUUAAUACAAUUUUUAAGACUGUAAAUGCUACCCUUUCUGGAUUAUAAUGCCUACGAGUAACGGAUCAGUGAUGGACUUGCACACGGAAUACGUGAAAAUUAAAGCGCAUUACGCCGGGGACAUGCUGAUCUCUGAUCUGGAGGCCAGUCUGACGUACCCUGAGCUGUGUGACGAGGUCCGAGAGAUCUGCAGUCUGCAUCAGCAGCAACCCAUCACACUCAAAUGGAUUGACGAUGAAGGUGACCCGUGCACCAUUUCGUCCCAGAUGGAGCUGGAGGAGGCGUUCCGUCUCUAUGGCCGCAACAGGAAGUCUGGCCUCCUCCUCCAUGUGUUCCCCAGUAUCCCAGAGAAGCCAGGCAUGCCUUGCCCAGGAGAGGACAAAUCCAUUUAUCGGCGCGGGGCCAGAAGAUGGCGCAAACUCUACCGCGUCAACGGACAUCUCUUCCAGGCCAAGCGCUUUAACAGGAAAGCGUACUGUGGCCACUGCAGUGAAAAGUAUGGGGGCCUGGGGAGGCAGGGCUACAAGUGUAUCAACUGCAAACUGCUGGUUCAUAAGCGCUGUCACAAACUCGUCCCUCUGACCUGUCAAAGGCAUAUGGAUCCAGUCAUGCCCUCCCAGGAACCCGUGGCUGACGAGCGGAGUGAGGAAAUAGGGCGCCCCCCAGAGGACUCACAGGACACAGACGGAAUCUUCUUGCCACACAACCGAACAGUGGACCAGACUGAAGACGACUCAGAGGAGCUGAAGGCAGUGGUAGAUGGUAUUGAUGGAGUGAAGAUCUCAGAGGGUCUGGGUCUGGGAGACUUCGACCUGAUCCGGGUCAUCGGACGCGGCUCCUACGCCAAAGUGCUGCUAGUCCGCCUCAAGAAAAAUGACCAAAUCUACGCCAUGAAGGUGGUCAAGAAGGAGCUGGUCCAUGAUGAUGAGGACAUAGACUGGGUCCAGACAGAGAAACAUGUGUUUAAGCAGGCCUCCACCAACCCUUUCCUGGUCGGCCUUCACUCCUGCUUUCAGACAGAGAGCCGGCUUUUCUUGGUGAUAGAGUAUGUUAAUGGAGGAGACCUCAUGUUUCAUAUGCAGCGGCAGAGGAAACUUCCAGAAGAACACGCAAGGUUCUAUGCUGCGGAGAUCUGCAUCGCCCUCAACUUCCUGCAUGAGAAGGGCAUCAUCUAUAGGGACCUGAAGCUGGACAACGUCCUCCUGGACCAUGAAGGACACAUCAAGCUCACUGACUACGGCAUGUGCAAGGAGGGGAUCCGACCUGGAGACACCACAAGCACCUUUUGUGGAACCCCCAACUACAUCGCCCCUGAGAUCCUGAGAGGAGAGGACUAUGGCUUCAGUGUGGACUGGUGGGCUCUAGGGGUGUUGAUGUUUGAAAUGAUGGCUGGCAGGUCUCCGUUCGACAUCAUCACCGACAAUCCAGACAUGAACACAGAGGAGUAUCUCUUCCAAGUUAUUCUGGAGAAACCUAUUCGGAUCCCAAGGUCCUUGUCAGUUAAGGCUGCAAGCGUUCUGAAAGGCUUUUUAAAUAAGGACCCAAAGGAGCGGCUGGGUUGCCAGGUGCAGACGGGAUUCACCGACAUCAAGUCGCACACGUUUUUCCGCAGCAUCGACUGGGAGCAGCUGGAGAAGAAGGAGGUGACUCCGCCCUUCAAGCCUCAGAUCACAGAUGACUACGGGCUGGACAACUUCGACACGCAGUUCACCAACGAACCUGUGCAGCUCACGCCAGAUGACCCGGAUGUGAUCAAGAGGAUAGACCAGUCUGAAUUUGAGGGUUUCGAGUACAUCAAUCCCCUGCUGCUGUCUACAGAAGAGACUGUAUGAGGGUUCUCCCUCUCUCACACUCACACACACACACACACACACACACACACACACACACACACACACACACACACACACAGAGGACCUCAGCAGCACACAGACGCACUAACUCUAACUUUGGGAUGUGAGAGGCAUGAGACAGGAUGGGAAGAGGACAGCGCGCGGCAGGAAGAAGACACGAGACGGAACGAGACGAGGCGUCCCCCUGCUGUCCUCUGGUGGAGUCUAGCACCGAAGACCCAUCUCUGCGUCGCUCGAUUCUGGGGCACGACUGGUAGAGGAGUCACUCUCACAGGCGCCCCCUUUCUCUCCUCCUCCUGAUGGGACUAAGACACGCACAUGCACACACACACACACACACACACACACACACACACCUUAAUCUCUGUUGUUGAUAGUCUUCCUCAUCCUCAGCAUCUCUGUCUCUUUCUUUCCUCUUGUUUUAUCUCAUUGUUUUAACUUGUUUUAUUUGAAUUAUUUUUUAUCUGUUGUAUGUCUGUAUUUGUGUAUAGGUCUGUACAUGUGUGCAUGCAUGAGUGUGUGAGUGAUUUGUUGUGUGUGUGUGUGUGUGUGUGUGUGUGUGUGUGUGUGUGUGUGUGUGUGUGUGUGUGUGUCUGUGAGUGUGAGUGUGAGUGUGUGUGUGUGUGUGUGUGUGUGUGUCAGCACUACUACUGACUGUCUGAUUGGACAGCAUCUUCAUUCUGUGCCUGCCCUCAUCAAGGAUUCUUCUGCAUCCUUCCCCUCCGCGCAGUUCACCCUGGAGUGGAACCGUUCCCAGUUCUGAGUCUGACCCACUCACGGCCCAGUUCCGUUUCGGUUCUGGCCCCGGUGUGGCACACUGGUGGUUCUGGGUUAGUUCCGUUGCAGAGUGGACUGUUCUCGGGGCCAUCGUCCCUGGUCUGAUAUGACGGUUCUGACACCAGAGCUUGAAUAUUCGUGCACUUUUUUGUUGUUUAUUUUUGUUCAAUGAUUUUUAUUUUAUAAAAAUCUUGUAAGAGGCUCAGGCCUCCAUCAAAACAAGAAUGUAAAAUAUUUAAGGAGAAAUGAUAAAAAAAUAAGAAAAAAAUGUUGUAUUAUAUUGUAGGUAGCAGAUCUAAAUUUUAUUGAUGCCUUUUAUCGAUGCAAAUGUGGCACGUUUUAUUUCUCGACCAUGAGCGUUAACUCUGCCUGCAACAGUCACGUUUCACUGGCCAUCGGUUUCCAAGAGCAAA